AUGGGUGACAAUUACUCAUGGGCAACAAUAGCUUUAAUUGCUCAGGUUGCGGGUGAAGCCGAAUUGGUGGGCCGGUGGGCAGAGGGCUGUCCGUGUGAUGAGCAUCAGCCUCAGCCAAUUCAUGAAUCAGCGUUAGUCCCCAAUGACCCAUCAACAAAGGCCGCUGGGAAAAGGCCUAGGAGACUCAAGCGGCUUGCUGCUCGUCCCACUGGUGGUGGUGAGAGCUGUUGUUUUCGUGGUUGCCGUGCCCCAGAGCUAGCAGCAGGGAAAGCUCUAAAGUUGCAGUCGGUAGUCAUGAAAUCAUCCCAGUCAAUGGUUGCUGAGUUUAUCUCACGUGCACCUGAGCAGAAACGUUCUGAGCUGCAUGGUUCCUGGUCAAAAGCACGGGGGCAACUAUGGGGACAGUUGAACGUGAAGCUGGCAUACUGCUUGCAGUUGCCUUGGUUGCUAUGUGGCUUGGCGUAUGGUGACUCCCGCGCCGUCCAGCAGGUUGCUGUGAGGUGCUUGAGCCUUUUUGAUGGGAAGGCGGCAGGCGCUGAACAUACGCAAUCGCGUCGGUUCUGUGAUCCGGACUGGAGUGGGAUACCAUCAGGGCCUAAAGAGCCACCACUGCGCUACCUCCUGGAGAAGUUAGCAUCAGCUAAAAUCACCUUGCAUGAUCUUGUGACUGAAGACAGCGAACCAGUCAAGCUGUUCUUCUACUGGGUCUCAUCAUUCCGCCUUGUCCGCAUUGCAGAACGCUCUGUGGAAGGCCGGCACAGCCUGAUACACCGUAUCAGGGAGCGAGCGCCGGCGGCUUCUAUGGCGUACUUGUCUUGCGAGGUGAGAUUCAAACACCUCCAAAUGCUUGCAGCCACAAAUCCUAAAGCACUGAUGGAAAUGACCAAGCGUUUACACGGGAUGGAGACCAGUCUUGGUUUUCAUGCGGCUGUUUUGUCAUUGCUCGGAAUGCAACCAACAGAAUACUUGAUGGGGCUACCAGACGCUGAGCUCGCCAAGCUCAUCUACAGAGAUGAUAUCACCAUCAAACAUGCAAGUCGCCAACGGCUAGCGGAUGAAUUGCAAGAUAAAGCCGAUGGGUCAGCCAAAAACCCCGAAAAAAUGGCAGUUUGUGACACGAAUGAGAAAACACAGGGGGCAGGCGCACUAUCGAAAGCAUUGGUCCAAUACCUGCUCAAGGUUUCCAGGGUGAAGCCAGAUGCGAUAUUUGCUUGGGACGCAAGAUCAAUGGAGGGAGUUGGGUUGACCACUGUAGAUGCUGCUAGAAUCACAACAGGACCAGCUGCAAUCACAAGGCCGCCAGUGUUGGAGGGCGAUUCGUGGAUAGUUUCCCUGCAAGGUUCAACUGGUUCAACAAGAUCUUGCAUGAGUUUGAGUCAGCUGUCUUCCCUGGUUCUUUUGAAAAACAAUGGUGUCCCAAUGGACAAGUCUAGCCUUCCUGAUGAUUCGUUGAGCCAUAUGUUCUUCGGAAAGCCAGUGGAAGGGAAUCUGGCGCAUCAUACAGUGAUGGGACAGCAACUGCAGAAGUUUGACUUCUUGGUUCAGCCAUUUGCUUUGGUGGAAGCUGAGUGGGAUGAUGAAACGCACACAUGGACGUCAAUCACAUUGAUCCAACAUGGCGCCCCGAUGACAUGCCGAUUGGGUCACAUCCCUUUUGACACCCUGUCCAAGAAUCUGAACGUGUGGACAUCCCCUGAGACUGGAUACCGGGUAUUUCUCAAAAUGCCAUCCAUUUCUUCCGAGCUACUGCUUUCCAUGGCCGUGGCUGGCGCGUUCUGGCGACACGGAAACGCAUUCUUUGUUCGCCCAGAAGAUGAGGGUUUGGAUUUCUUACUGGAACAAAAACUCGUUGGGAAAAAGGAUUCCUCAGAUCUCGACAUGUUCAAUAUUACGAUUCAUGGAGCAAAAGUGCUCAAUGUAUCCCAAACCUUCAGCACCUGCACUCUUUUGGCCGGUUUCAACUUGGACACCGUGUCUACAUCCGAGCUGGAUUUCAAGACCAUGACAGAGUUUGAGCAUGUGCUUCAGUUGACUUCCCUUGGGUGGCAAUAUGAGUGUAAGAGCCUGACCAAAAAGAUUCACCCAUAUACUGAAACAAGUGAGAAGACAUGGUUCUACCAAAAUGAAGCCCGUGUCAACAAGAAUUACUUGGAGGUCCUCAUCAAAUCUCAAGCGUUGUUCCAGAAGGGUCUCAAGGAAAUACACCAUUUCCAGAAGAAGCGUUAUUACGUAGCGCUACUCCAAGUACCUGACAAAGAGUUGAAUCAACUUCUUCCAUGGCAACCCGAAUCAUAUUACAAAGUGUUUAUGAACAAGUUGAAGAACCCCAAGACAACAUCUGCAUCAAAGUCGAGCGGGUUGGAAACUGAUGAUCACCGAAUUGUCGCGCAGGCAGAACCACGGGCAAACCCUGUGCAGUCAGGCAAGGGUCGCGGGCGUGGCCGCGGUCACGGAGUCAGCCGACAAAAAGAAUCGAGUUCUGGUUCAACUGACAGUAGCGGGACCAGCUCUUCUUCUUCCAGUCAGACGAGUGAUGAUGAGAUGAAUAACAGUACUCAUGUUGAUGAAAAGCUUGAGGUUGACGAUCGACUUCAAAAUUUACAUGAUUAUCAUGUGGGUCCUGUGUCGGAGAAGGUGCCGGCUGACGUGGAAAUCUUGGUUGAGGAUUCGGAUUCAGAAAAAGAUUCUGCCCUCCAACCGCAAGCACCAGCACCAUCUGUGGAUGCCGAUGCCAGUGUGCAGGAACCUUUGCCCUUCCCGGCUGAGACACCUGCCCCCAGAAAAGGGGCGGCGGUAGCCAGGAAACGCAAAGCAUCUGCCCAAGAUCCUCCUGGCCGAUCGGCGCCCACUGUUCCACGAGUGCUGAGGGGAGGGCCACCAAGCUCUAUGUUCAACCUGUCUUCUGUAUGGGUGCAGAAUGUUGCAUUUGUUCAACGUACCGAUCAGGGAAAGCCGAGCUACUAUGUGCGGUGCCCUUUGCAUGGUACGAAGUUGAGGUCCUGUACCAAAACAAAGACGGUCGGAGAUGACACUGAGCAUGGGCGUGAUCUGGUGAUCCGCCAGCUCAUGGACUGGCUUUUGAGAGGAUUUGAGAUGGAGACUGCUAAUCAGACUCCUGAAGAGAUUCGGUCGCAGCAUGUGCGACUGGCACUCCGGCCCUUGGAGCAACUUCCACUGCGGGGAUCGUUAGAAGAAGCCUUGACCACAAAACUGAAUGCAAUGCCAUAAUUUGCUAGCUCUGCAAAGUAGAGCUACGUAUGAAAUCUCAAGAGAAGGUUCAGAUUUCUCAGUGAGGAAGUCUUGGUACAGUAUGCAUGACUAGCUACAAACUGAUGAUGCAUGUGGAGAUAAAUCAUUUGCAGAACCGAGAACAAUGACCCUGGGCAUGACCCUGU